AACCGAAGACCAAACAACAAACAACCAACAAUCACCAUGAAGUUCCUCAUUGUCUUCGUUGCCCUCUUCGCCGUGGCUCUUGCCGCUCCUGCCGAUGAUGUGACUGUCCUCCGCCAGAUUUCCGAAGUCGGACCCGAGAGCUUCAGCAAUGCCUACGAGACCAGUGAUGGAACAUCCGUCCAGUCCGAGGGACAGCUGAAGAACAUUGGAGCCGAGAACGAAGGCAUCGUCUCCAGAGGCUCGUACAAGUUUGUGGCCGAUGAUGGACAGACCUACACCGUCAACUGGGUCGCCGAUGAGAACGGUUUCCAGCCCUCCGGCGCUCAUCUGCCAGUUGCCAAUUAAGUUAAUCCACAGAAGUCAACUUUGAUUCAGUCCCCUGUUAAUAUCCCCAAAAAAUAUCCCAAAAGCGAUCUAGUCUUCUCGAUCCAGUUCGAAAGGAUGAAAGUCCAAGUCAAUUGUUGAAUAUUAAAGAAAAUAAU